GCGAUCGAUUAGCUCAGUGCUCCGCUGCGACGCCUGGCUCUCGUGCCACAUGCUUCUAAUGCGUGGAUUUGGCAUGUUGUGAAGGCUGCAGCCACAUCUAGCGAACUACAGCCACAUAAAACCACACAGUUACAAAAAAUGUCGCAGUUACAAGCAAGAUUUUUCACAGAAGACAAACGGUAUGUUUUAGAUGAUGUUCCUUUCUCAAUUCCUGCUGGAUCUGAAACACAGGACCUCAGUAAUGUCAUCAACAAGUUACUGGAGGCAAAACAUGCAUCUCACAAAACAGUGGAUUUUGACUUCUUGGUUAAAGGACAGUUUUUACGAACACCACUGUCCACCCACAUGGAAACAGAGGGUAUUUCCACAGAAGACGUGGUUGAGAUUGAGUAUGUGGAGAAAAUCACGGCCCCUGAGCCUGAGGAGUGUAUGAUGCAUGAUGAUUGGAUCAGCUCUGUACAGGGAGAUUCAGAAUGGAUUCUCACCGGGUCGUACGACAAAACCGCCCGAAUCUGGUCUGUGGAGGGAAAACCUGUUCUAACAGUCGCUGGUCACGCAGACGUGGUCAAAGAUGUAGCAUGGGUCAAAAGAGAAAAUCUGACUUCUUUGCUCCUGACUGCGUCUUUGGAUCACACUGUCAUUUUGUGGGAGUGGAACUCAGAAAAGAACAAAGUGAAUGCCAGACACUGUUGUCGGGGCCACACGGCGAGUGUCGAUACUGUCGCUACAGACCCCACGGGCACAAAGUUCUGCAGUGGUUCCUGGGACAAAAUGUUAAAGAUCUGGUCGGCAGUACCGACAGAUGAAGCGGAUGAGGUUGAAGAACCAGCAGACAGACCAAGAAAGAAACAAAAGACACAACAGCUGGGUUUGACACGAACGCCCAUCAUGACGCUAUCCGGACACAAUGAAGCGGUGUCGUCUGCUCUGUGGACUGAUACUGAUGAAGUUUGCACUGCAUCAUGGGACCAUACGAUUCGAAUUUGGGAUGUGGAGUCGGGGAUUAUGAAAACGACACUGACUGGUAGUAAAGUUUUUAACAGUAUUUCCUACUCGCCUUUGUGUCGGCGGUUGGCUUCAGGCAGCACCGAUCGACACAUAAGACUCUGGGACCCUCGAACUAAAGACGGAGCCCUCGUACUGCUCAAUCUGACCUCCCACACUGGCUGGGUCACUGCUGUAAAGUGGGCUCCGUCAAACGAGCACCAGCUGGUCUCCGGUUCCCUUGACAACGUGGUGAAACUGUGGGACACCAGAAGUUGUAAAGCUCCUCUGUACGACCUGGCCGCACACGGGGACAAAGUCUUCUGCGUUGAUUGGACAGAAAACGGGCUUAUGUUGAGCGGAGGUGCAGAUAACAAGUUGUACUCCUACAGAUACUCUCCCUGUCAGACUGAUGCCGGGGCGUAGACGAGCUGCAAUUACAUCUAAUCACAGUCAUCAUUGUUAAUAUAUAAUGUAUCAUAGUGUGGCAGGUACAGGUCCUUUCCUUCAGAGAUGUUCGUGUUUUACGUGAGCCACGAAACUAAAGUAAAUGUAUUUGCUGGAAAACUGUGCACAUUUUGUCUUUCUUAAAAUAAACUGAGAGUAACACUUCAGAUGCAGAUGGAUUAUAUAAAAGUAAUUUCACUUGUGCAUCAAUUAAAGGUCCUAUAUUACACAAAAUUGACUCUUAUAAGGUUUAAGUCAUGUUAUAAUGCUGUCAGCUUCUCGAAAACAUACCUGGAGUUGCGUUUUUGUUGUGUCUGUCUACAUCUCCAAAGCUCAAAACGCUCUGUUCCACCUUGUGAUGUCAUAAAGUGGCAGUUCAGCUCCUUUUUACCUUCAGUUCAGUAGAGAUUGGCAAUUCCAGGGCUGAGAUUAUUAUCCAAAUGAUUCUAGUGAAGGUGUGUGAAGUUUAAAAACAUUUCCUGUAUUACCACAUAAUGACAUCACAAGGUGGAACAGUGUGUUUUCAGUUUGAGAGAAGAACUCGGCUUAACUAUGCGGGGUUUGUGUGUUAAACGUGUGAAUGAGACAAAACACAACUCCAAGUCUUUUUGUGAUGAGCAAACAUUAUAAUAUAUAUCAGAAAACAGCGUAAUACGGCGCUUUAAGUUUGUCCAAGUGUAAAAUACGACUGAUGCGUCACAUAUAAAAAAUUCCUUGUGGUUUUCUUCUUAACAAUGCCCACAUAUUUCCUCAAGUGUUUAAAUAGGAAUCUGUCAUCUGUGUGCUAAUCUACCCUUUCCUCUUUAAACGGGUUCAGUUUAACUCAAAGGCGAAAGAUGAGGCCUCACUCUGCAUUUCAGUUCUGCUACUUAAACUGUAUUCAAGUGUAAAAAUUGAAUUGGAGAUUGAAAUUUUGCUUUUUUAUGUAUUAAAGUAACAAAAUAUUGCAUCAAACCACUCUACACUUAGAAUUUGGUUAAGUAAAUUAUAUUAAAAUCAUGAGUAAAAUGGACAAAAUGUG